CUGUGCGCGGUUUCGCCUCUGAAAUGAGGGAACGACAGGGAGGACAACCAAGGAAAUAAGGUGACUCCAGAAAAAACUAUUUUCAUGCAAGGUUUGCAAUCUGAUCUGCAAGCCCAUGUAAGUCGUGUUGAGUGACGUAUGAAAGAGGGCCCUUCAUCUUCCUCAUGUCACAUGGUGCAGCCUUCCAACGCCGCGCUGAGCCAGCUCGCCAGCCGCACCGGUAUGACUCCGUCCCCCGAGACACCCUGCCCCGCUACUACGACCCCGGACCCCUGAGGGACCGCCAGACGCCCCCGCCACUAGCCGCCAGCGCCGACCCCCUCCCCCCGCCGCCCCUGCCCCACCAGCCCGCCGUCGGCCCCGAAGGGGACCCCGGCGACGGCGAGGGCGACCUGGACCCCUCCGACCCGGCCCUGGACAUCGACCUCAAGCCCGUCCACCGCUUCGUGCCGGACUCCUGGAAGAGCUUCUUCUCCCGGGGCAGCAGCAGCGGCCGCAGCAGCAGCAAGCCCUGGCCCAUGUCCGCCCCGGCCUCCGCCCUCGCCUCGGCCCCGCCCUCCGCCCUCGCCUCGGCCCCGCCCUCCUCCGCCUCCUCCAACAACAACAACUCGAGCGAGGGCGUGCGCUGCUCGCCGCCCCACUCCCCCGUGCCCGCGUCCUACCGCGACCCGUACGGGGGCGGCGGCUCGGGGGGGGCCAGCAGCUACAACUCGCGCCGGGAGCUCCUGGACCCGCGCGGGUCCCUGUCGCAGCGCACGGGGAUGACCUACAGCGAGCGCGUGGAGGAGUACCACCAGCGCUACGCCUACAUGAAGUCCUGGGCCGGCCUGCUGCGCAUCCUGGGCUGCGUGGAGCUGCUGCUGGGCGCGGCUGUGUUCGCGUGCGUGUGCGCCUACGUGCACAAGGACAACGAGUGGUUCAACAUGUACGGCUACUCCUCGCCCGGGGGGGGCUACGGCGGCGGAGCGGGGGGGGCGUACGGGGGCUACGGCGGCUACGGCGGCGGCAGCUACUACACGGGGCCCAAGACUCCCUUUGUGCUGGUGGUGGCGGGGCUGGCCUGGCUGGUGACGGUCAUCAUGCUGGUGCUGGGGAUGACCAUGUACUACCGCACCAUCCUGCUGGACUCCCACUGGUGGCCGCUGACCGAGUUCACCAUCAACCUGGCGCUGGCCGUCCUCUACAUGACCGCAGCGAUCAUCUACGUCCGGGACACCACCCGCGGGGGCCUCUGCUCCAACCCGGUGUUCAGCAACCCCAUCAACGGGGCCUUCUGCCGGACGGAGGCGGGCCAGACGGCCGCCAUCAUCUUCCUCUUCCUCACCAUGCUGCUCUACCUGAUCGGCGCCUUGGUCUGUCUGAAGCUGUGGCGCCACGAGGCGGCGCGGCUGUACCGCGAGAAGUACGGCGUCCAGAUGCGGGCAGCUGAGGUGGUUGAUGCCCAUGCCUUGACGGUGCCCCUGUCGGCGACCAAGCCCCCGGUGCAGGUCUCUGAGAGCACCGUGGUGCCCAUCCUGGUGGGGCCACGCCAAGGGCCCCCCCAGAUCCUGCAGGGGGCCAUCCCGUCCGGACACAUCCCCAAGCCCGUCAUCAUGCCCGACUACAUUGCGAAGUACCCGACCGUCCGCGCGGACGAGGAGCGCGACCAGUACCGUGCCGUGUUCAACGACCAGUACGCAGAGUACAAGGAGCUGCACGCCGAGGUGCAGGCCGCGCUCAAGAGGUUCGACGAGAUGGACGCCAUGAUGCGCACGUUGCCCCAGCAACCCAGCAGCCAGAUGGAGUUGGAUCGCAUCAACAGAAUUCUUCAGGAUUACAAGAAGAAGAAAAAUGACCCGACGUUCCUGGAGAAGAAGGAGCGGUGCGACUACCUUAAGAACAAACUGGCCCACAUCAAGCUGAAGAUCCAGGAGUACGACAAGGUCAUGGAAUGGAACGACGGUGAACACCUGAUGACGAAGCGAGACGCGAGGAGCUCGACAAUACGAGGAAUGUCCUCCAGGCCAAACGGGAGUCCGCCUCCCUACGAAUCAGAAAAAGCAUAUCCGCCCCCCACUGUCCAGCCAGCCUACUCCUACUACCCUGAAGAUGAGUUCCAACACUUCUACCGCUGGACCUCCCCCCCAGGGAUCAUCAAGAUCAUGUCGGUCAUCGUCAUUGUUCUGUGCCUGGGCAUUUUCGCCUGCGUGGCCUCCACCCUAGCCUGGGACAGCCAGAACGCUAUGUCCGGGUUCGGCGGAGGGGGGUACGGCGCGGGGGGGUACGGCGCUGGCGGUAGCUACGGCGGUGGCACCAGCUAUGGCGGCGGCUACGGUGGCGGCAGCUUCGGUGGCGGCGGCGGCGGCUAUGGCGCGGGCAGUGGCUACGGCUACGGUGGCAUCGGCGGCGGCUACAACGACCCCCGCAAGGGCAAAGGGUUCAUGAUUGCCAUGGCGGCCAUCACCUUCAUCUUCGCGAUGGUGGUGUUCAUCAUCAUCGUCUCGCACCAGAGCCUGUGUCAGUCCAGGAGGUUCUACCUGGCGGUGGUGAUCCUGUGCGCCAUCCUGGCGUUGCUGAUGCUCAUCGCGACCAUCGUGUACCUGGUGGCGGUGAACCCCAUGGCGCAGUCGUCCAGCUCCAUGUACGCAAUGCAGAUCCAGGGGCUCUGCGCCCAGUUCCAGCAGCCGGCCACGACGGGGGUCUUUGUCAACCAGUACCUCUACCACUACUGUGUGGUCGAGCCCCAGGAGGCGAUCGCCAUUGUCUGCGGGUUCCUGGUGGUGGCGGCGCUGAUCAUCAUGCUGGUGUUCGCUCUGAAGACCCGCCAGAAGAUCCGCGGCUACGGGAAGAGCAACAUCCUGUGGAAGAAGAUUAAGGUGGUGGACGACCUGGCCCCCCCUGGGGACGUGGAGGCCUGGGUGAACAACGUGUCCGCUCUCCCAGAAGAGGAGCCCAUGUCUGAUUACCCAAUGAAGCGGGCCGGCUCGAGGGAAUACCUGGACGACUCCAGCUACUACAUCAAGCCCCCCGACUACAGCUCUGCGCCCCGGUUGGACGAGGACUUUCUUUCCAGCAACAGCGCGGCUCCGUACAGCAGGAUCUCCGAGCCGGCCAGCUCCACCGCCAAGCCCAAGAAGAGGCGCCCUCGCCGGGCACGCCAGCCCGACGGACAGACGUACGAGACGGACUACAACUCCUCGGGAGACGAGCUGGACGACGACGACUAUGACAGCGAGUUCCCCCGCAUCACCAACAACGACACUCGCAUUGCGUACAAGCAGGAGUUUGACCGCGACCACCUGGAAUACAAGGACCUCCAGGCCGAGUUGGACAGCGUCAACAGGAAGCUGUCGGACGUGGACAAGGAGCUGGACGACCUGCAGCCUGGCAGCCCCCAGUUUCUGGAUGCACUGGAUGAGUACAACAAGCUGAAGGACUAUAAGAAGUCUGCAGACUACCAGAUGAAGAAGCGGAGGUCUAAGUAUCUGAAGGGGAAGCUGAACCACAUCAAGAGGAUGGUGAGCGACUACGACCGUGCCUGAACAGAGCCCCUCUCCUCCCUCCACCUGUCCCGCCCUUGUGGUGCUCUCCUCCCAGCCAGGAGCCUCUCUCUCUGCUGUGCUCUGUCCCUUUUGAUCUCUAAGCUGGCAAUCAACCAACCACGCAGAGUUUUGAGCCAAUUUUAAAAAGCCAACGAACAGGAAGCUGUUGGCUAAGCUGGAUGACUUUUACCUGAUGGACGCUGCGGGGAAUGUGUCCUCACUAUACACAUGUUGAUUUUACUCUUAACUUACUGUAUUUUUUUUAUUUUUUGUGAUAAUCUUUUAAGAUGUGCUCAGCCAGCGUCCUGGUCGAGUGCAAAACAUGUAAAUAUUUGGGAAGCAUUUUUUAUGUCAUUGUCGUGUCGUCAUAUGAGAUGUUUUUAUGGUACAUGAGAAAAGUCAACCUCGGCUCUUAAUAGUUUUUAAACUUCUUUUAUGAUGUGUUAUGUCUUUUUUUAAUUAUAAUAAAUAAUGAAAGGACAUUGUUGUGGACAUGUUUUAAGGUGUUUUGUUUCAUCUGCUUAGUCAUACUACACUCAAAACACUUUCUUUUUGUGGUGGAUUGUGGCUUUCCAACAUUCUUGUUGACUUCUAGUUUGGGCACAAUCUAGCAGCUGAAGCUGACGUUGGGGAAGUUAUUUCUACUAGUUGGAGCAAACCAACACACUAAAGCAGCAGAAGCAAGUUAUUUAGCCCAAGGUACGCCCAGCUUUUGUUUUCUAAACUGCUAUAAUUUCCCAUGCUUUAAUUGAUGGACAACAUAAUCUAAAAACUUUAAGGUUAAGAUGUGAAUACUGUUGCAUUCAUCUCAAGUAGGACCUUGUUUCUGAAGAUGCUGGUAUGGGUUAAAGAUCCAUUCAGAAUCAAUGUACACCAAGCUUUGCCCAUACUUCGGAAGUAAAGAGAUGGAAAAAGCAUCUAAGGACGUAAUAUAAGCAGUACAUAUCACAGAUGGAAGUAUCCACUACACACCUACUAUGUGAUUGGUCAGCCGCUUGGCUAUGAAGCCAGGAGGGAAAUAGACCCCGCCCAUUAAAUCAGCAUAAAGGAAUAGAAGGAAAUAGACUUAAAAUUGCAAUGGAUUUCAUAAAAAAUGCUUAAUUCAAAGCUUGAUAACCCUUAAUAUCAUAAUUGUAAUUACAUGAUGGAUUUCUGUUGUCCAUCACUUUAAGUUAAAACAUCAACCAAGUUGCGUUUCGUCUUGGGGCCUUCGUGGCUGAACAUCCAGUCGAUAUCAAACUCUGUUUCGUUCUAAUUCGAUAGAG